UAAAAUUUUAUGCUUUCCAUAAACCUCCUGAGUUCCUCCACAGACGCAUUACCUUUGGACCAAUCAUGUCCCAUAAAUUCUUCCUCUUCAGAAAAUUCUCUGGUCCAGGAAAGAGGUCUUUCAAAUCUUCCCGACUUAGGGUUUUCAGAACCUCCUCAUCAAUAUUUGCAGCUUUAAAAAUAUCAGUAACAUGCCUGGCAUUAGUAUCACAUCACAUAUGUUUUGGUACGAAUUUUUCAUUGAAACAUAGCCUACAACUGUACAUAUCUAUGGAUAUUUGCUAGCAGCAUGACUAGACUAACUGAAAAAAAAAACCCGGCAAACAUCGUUUUAAAAUACAUACAAAACGAGAUGAAUGCACGAAUAAUUCUAACACAUCGUCCAUUCAGAUCAGCAAAUAACCCCUAACUUAACAGGAAUUUCUUAGAAUUGCCAACUAUUUAAUUUAGGUUUAUCCAACACUUUUCUGAAAUGCUAACAUGUUAGCUUGUGAACUUGGUGUUUCUCCAUCUGCACAUGAUUCCAUUAAUGUACAAACUGACACCAUGCUUUGAAAUAGUCUAGUUUAAACACAACUUACCCCGUAGCACCGACAGUGUCUCGUCUAAAUCAUCCAUACCGAAGAAAGUGGCUUUUCUCUCUAUCGCUGUUCUCAAAUGUGAGCCGAUAUCUGAGGACAAAACAUAUAGAUAAGUUGGCUAAUGCUACCUAGCAAAAACAUCUAGCUUAGUAGUGUAGACUUGCUGACUAUGACUAGUUUUCGAUAAUAACGUUAAGCUCCUCAGUCUGCAAGCUAGGAGAGCAGGUAAAAUAUUAAAAAUAUUAAAUAAUAUCGGAACAAAUGUAUACAAUGCUGUAACAUACAAUAUACUAUACCAAAUAUAUCGUGAACAUAAUGUUAAAUCCGUGCUUACCCCGAAGUGCACUUUUCAGACGGCUUCUGUUGAACACUGCUGCUUUUUCCCAAAAUGUAUCAGGCGCCAAAUCUCUUCGAUUUAUAUAUCUGACGUCAUUUUGAUGUGACGGUGAGCGGAGAGCAGGUCAUAGAGCAGAGGCGUGAGCAGCAUGUGCAAAUAUUUUCUCAUAUACAAAAUUGUACGACAUAAGUUGUUGUAAAAAAGUCUUGAAGGGAAUUCAUAUUUCUGGUUAGCAAAUAGGAGGCACAGGUGUAACCAAGCCCACAGACAAGCACCAAAACGAGCCUAAAGACUACUGGAGUGAAUCAUGGCAGUGUGGCGGUGUAUGAUCUGUUUCGUUUUUGUUGCGUUAAGUAUAAAAUCGCUCCUCAGCCACAUAAAUGUCACGCAUAGCCGUAGUCAAGAUUUUUGGAUUCUGUGUGGAAUUGAUGGUUGUGAACAAGAUUUUAGAGUUUACAACUCAUUUUAUCGCCAUCUUAAACGAACACACCCUUUGUAUUUGGCGACCGGGUGCCCACCAAUGGCAUGGGGGACAACACCUACUUCAGCUGCACUUGGGUCAGAGAACUUUGGUGCAUCUAUUUUUUCUGAAGCCGCUACUCCUGCAAGAACGUACUUUGUGGAGGAACAGUCACACGGCAGUCAAAUUGAAACUUGUAUGGAAACUCCUCCUGAUUCCCAUUCUUGUAUUCAGGAAAAUAAUGGAGCUGGAACAUCUGUAACCGAACCGGAUAUUGGCAAGUCUGCGGCAGCUUUUGCAAUCAGUGUCCGGGAAGAAUGCCAUCUGUCACAGAGGACCGUCAACAGAGUCAUUGGAGGGGUGCAACAGUACCAAUCAACUCUCUUGGAUACAUUAAGGAUAAGAAUGAGAAGAGUUUUUGACAGACACAACCACUCAACCACAGCAUAUGGACAGAAUAGGACUAUUUGUGAACUCUUCAGUCCAGUCUGCCCAGAGGAAGUAGUUGUCUCUCAGAAGAUUUGUUUGGUUAAGCAAGGUAGUUCAAAGGUUAUGGCCAUAAGAAACAAAAGUUUUUACUAUGUACCACUAAUUGAAAGUCUAAAGCAGCUACUGACCAAUUCCAGAAUUUUCUCCAUGUUGAACACUGUACCACAGAGAAGCAGAGAGGGAUUCUUGUAUGACUUUUCAGAUGGGUCUCUUUUUACAUCUCAUCCUUUAUAUUAUGUGAGGCCUAAUGCUUUGCAGAUCAUUUUGUACUCAGACGAGAUUGAAAUAUGUAACCCUUUAGGGCCCCAUACUUCUUCAAAUAAGUUGUUAAUGGUUUACUACAGUUUAGGUAAUAUUGAUCCAAAAUUUAGGUCCAAGUUAGCAGCAAUACGACUCCUUGCUAUUGCAAAAUCUGUUGAUGAUUCUAAAUGGGGUAUAGAUGUUAUUUUACAAAGAAUUAUAAAAGAUCUUAUUCUGCUUUAUAACGGUGUCAAGGUUGAAACACCACAUGGUGAAAUGGACUUGUUUGGAGCUGUGAUAGCAGUAUGUGGAGAUACACUUGCUCAACAUGAGCUUGCUGGCUUUAAAGAAGGGGUUGGCUUUGCCUAUAGCAAGUGCAGACACUGUGAAUGCACCUUUGAGGAUAUGCAAAUAUAUUUUGAUGAGAAUAAUUUUGUCAGAAGAACACUAGAAAGGCAUAUUAGGCAAUGUCUUGAAAUAGACAAGGCAAGCACAGAUACUUUAAAGUCCUCCCUCAAAACUACUUACGGAAUUAAUAGAAAAAGCAGACUUAUUGAUGUUCCUGCAUUUGACCUAAUCAGGCAAACUCCACAGGACAUAAUGCAUGUCAUUUUUGAAGGUGUUGCACCAAUGGAAAUGAAGCUUGUGUUAAAACGUCUUAUACUGUCAGGUAAUCUAGAAUUAGAUGUGUUCAAUUCAGCCAUUCAGAAUUUUCCUUACUCGCCUCUUGAUAUACGUGAUAAACCUUGCCCUGUUAGUGUCAGCACUUUGAUAGCAAGUGACAACAAAUUGAAACAAUCAUGUGGGCAAAUGUUAAUACUGUUAAAAGUAUUACCUUUUAUUCUGUAUGACUUGGACGAUGAGUAUGUUACAUUUAUUGUUAAGCUGAUUGAAAUUGUACAGAUUGUUCUUGCUCCUAUUAUUUCUUUACAGACAGUAAUACGGCUUAAACUUAUGAUUGAAGAACACCUUAGUCAGUUCAAACAUUUAUUUCCCGAAACUAAUGUAAUACCCAAGCAACAUUACAUGUUGCAUUUGCCCAGUCAAAUUCAAUCCCUUGGUCCUUUAAUAAGAACUAUGUGCAUGCGGUUUGAGGCCAAGCACAGUUAUUUCAAACAGUAGGCUCCAAAGUUGAAUUUUAAAAAUGUGUGUAAGUCACUUGCCAAACAUAAUCAAUUUCUUGAAUGUUGUCAACAUGAAAUUGGCAUUGAACAUCCCAUUUUUGCAACCGAGAGAGAAUUGGGGCCUGUUACUGAUAUAUCAAAUACUGAUUAUGUUAAGGCCAAAUUUAGAGAUUUUUUUAAUAUGGACAUCAGUCAAUCUGUUGUCUCUGUGAAGUGGCUAAUUCUCAAUGGAAAUAAAUACAUCAGUGGGAAGUCUCUGAUUAUUGCAGAUGUGAAUGAUACUUUGCCUGUGUUUGGACUGGUGAAAGACAUCUUUUUAGUAGAUUCUUCUUUUGUUGCUUUUGAGUAUCAGCGUUAUGAAACAUUGCAUUUUGAUAACAAUUUGUUGGCAUAUGAAGUUGCAGUUCCUGCUAUUGCCCAGGCGACAGAAUUGGUGCAUGAGCUUUUAGAUCACACCUCAUAUUUUCCAGUAAAUUUUAAGGAUAGUGUGUUUGUGCCAAUAAAAUAUACUCUCUGUGAUGUCCUUGUACAUAGGAACGGCCCUGGGGAUGUAUAAUGAGCUCUGGGUGAGAUGUCCUCAUACUGUACAUUAGUUUGCUGUAGCUAGGUCAGUAUUGGCCAGUUGUAGGCUGUUUGUUUUGCUGAUCCAAUUCCACUGUUGAAAAGUGGUCAAAGCCAAUCUUUUGUUGGUUUGCUUACUUUGUUCUUCUAAUUUUAAUUAUGAAUUCCAUUUACCAAUAAAAAAUGUUUUUACAAA